AUGGAGCUCCAGAACUUUAAGAAUAACAUCCUCCCCGAGUCCAAGUUCUGGAAUCAGCUCAGACUGGUGUAUAAAAAAACCCUCUGCCUGACAAACAGGUUUACCUCAUCAAGAUCCGCUGGUCCAGAGCUGUCCCAUGGUCCCUUACAUGUCCUGAGGAAGAAAGAAAUGCUCUUGAAAUUUAUUAAAGAAAUAAUUUUUUUCUUCAUGACUGUGGUUGGGAUGCUGGGAAACAUUUCUGUUUCUGUGAAUUAUAUGACCAGUUGGUGGGGAGGGCCUGAGAAGAAACCCAUCCACCUUAUGCUCAUCCACUUGACUUUUACAAACAUCAUAAUCCUUCUUGCAAAAGGAUUGCCAAAGACAAUGGAAGAUUUUGGUUUGAGAAACUUCCUAGAUGACAUAGGAUGUAAGAUACUCAUUUACCUGUCCAGGGUGGCCCGUGGGGUCUCCAUCUGCACCAGCGGUCUCCUCACUGUGGUCCAGGCCAUCAUCAUCAGUCCCAGAGCAUCUGGGUGGAGGAGGCUCAGACCACAGUCUGCAUGGCACAUCCUUCCAUUCUUUUCAUUCUUUUGGAUACUCAAUGCUUUAUUAGCUAUGAACCUAAUCCAUUCCAUCACAAGUACAAGCCUGAAUAUAUCACAGUUUAAGAAUGAUGAGAACUAUUGUUACUUAUUGCUUGAAAAUCAGAAAAUAAAGUGGAUUGUUCUCCCUCUCAUGGUCCUGAGAGAUGAAGAGUCCUCUGCAGCACUGCACUGGAUCCACGGUGCUGGGCACUGCUCCUUUCACCCAGCACAGGAGGGAGAGGACACGUGA